AUGGCUGAAGAACUACAAGUAGAGAUGCAAACAACGGUUUGCCAAGCACCCGAAGAAACGCUCCAGGCUAUGGCAAAGGAUUUUGAACUUGAUAUUUCCGAACAAAGGAAAAGUACAAUUGUUUGCAUGAUUUUUAACCAUAUUGAUAAAGAAUUGAUGGACAAAAACGAGGAACAACGAAUGUUAUUCUCGACAGAAUUUCGCUCACGUUACUUUAAGAGCACAGAACCAAAAGAAAAAGAUGUUUCAGAAUCAGUACCCCCUGUAAAACAAAACGCAGGACAAAGUCAAAGCACAUUACAAGGUAUGUUAGAAUCUACAAGUGUAUUUCGUCGACAAUUUAAGAUUGUGGGACAAAUUGGACAGCCAAAUGAGAAAGACAAGUUGAGUUUCACAUCCCUGACAAGACAAAUUGACACUGAGGUUAAACAGGGGUACACAGAACAGGAAAUUGUGGACGGUGUUAUUCGUGCAAUUAAUGGUGGAAUGGUUCUUCGAAGUUAUGUAGAAACUUACAAGGAUCUAUCUCUAGAGCGGUUACGAAAAAUUCUUCGAAACCAUUAUGAUGUUAAAAGUGCAACUGAGCUAUAUCAAAGUCUUGCAUCAAUAUGUCAAGGGUCAAAGGAAACACCACAAGAAUUUCUUAUGCGUGCCUUGGAUUUACGCCAGAAAAUCCUGUUUUCAAGCACUCAAGAUGAAAGUGAGGACACUUUGGUUUAUGAAAAUGAUCAUAUUCAAAAGCUGUUUCUACGUGCUGUUGAAACUGGCCUUCAAGAUGAAAAUGUUAGAGUAAGGGUUAGGGGGUACCUCAGAAACCCCACAAUAUCAGAUGAGGAGCUUAUUUUGCAAGUGAAUAAUGCAGUGUCGACAGAGAAUGAACGGGUAAGAAAAUUAAGAAACCAGAAUCGCCCAAAGCCUGCCCAGGUUUCCCAGGUAGCAGAGAAAGCUGAGUCCCAAGAUAAAAUUCUAAAGACUCUGGAAGCACUGAAAGUUGAAGUGGCACAAGUUAAGAGUCAGUUGAAGGAUAUCAACCAAGAAACUGAACAAGCUCGAUUACCAAAUUCGCCUGCGCCAGUAGACACUAGAAACCAGAGAAGAAAUAUGCCGCCAAAAUGCUUGCAGUGCCAAACUAGUGGAAAUGACAAAUGCUCUCAUUGUUUCAUUUGUGGAAGUGACAAUCAUUUUGCAAUUGGAUGUCGACAGAAUCGUGGAAAGAAUGCUUUAAACUACAGGAGGCUGCCUCUCCGGGGCCAGAAGUAG